CCUCUCUGGAAAAUUAAACAGGUGAGUGUUUGGGUUUUGUGACCCCACAAAAUCUGUUACCCCAAAUUUUUGUCCCAGCUAUUUUCCAGCCUGUUUCUUUCUCACCAAUUUUCCAUUUUUAUACCUUUCUUCUUCACCGUUUCUAUACUCCACUUCUCUCUUCUUAAACCCUAAAUUUCAGUAGCUCUCACUAAUUUGAUAUUUCACCCGAGAAAUUCAAUCUUUCAAUUCAAUGGAUCCGUGCACUUUCGUACGGAUUAUCGUCGGGAAUUUAGCCGUUAGGUUUCCGGCAUCACCUCCGUAUUCGUCUUCGUCGAUUUCCUCAUCGGGACCGUCUGUUUCGGACGCAGCCUCUGGUAAUUGCUACUGUAAGAUCAAAUUCAAGAGUUUCCCACGCCAGAUGGUUGCUGUUCCCGUUUUGUUGCCAUCCGAACCCGAAUCCGAAUCGGAGUCACGGUGCUUAUCCGGUGACGUCUCAACCGCUUCCGCUUGCUUCACUCUAAGCAAGUCUCAGAUCGAAAUGUGUCUUAAGAAGCCUAAACGGAGUGUCCUCUCCGUCGAGGUUUACUCUCACAGUGCGGCUUGUGGAUUCGUCGCUGGCUCGGGUGAGAAGCUGAUUGGUCGAUUCGAGGUUUCGGUGGAUUUGAAGACGGCGGAGACGAGGACGUGUUUGGCUCACAACGGCUGGGUCGAAUUGGGAACCAAGCCGAAGAAGAAGAAUAAGCCCGGGUCGGAUUCGGAGCUCCACGUUACCGUACGGGUUGAACCCGACCCGAGAUUCGUGUUUCAAUUCGACGGCGAGCCUGAGUGUAGUCCUCAGGUUUUACAGGUCCAAGGGAAUACAAAACAAGCUGUUUUCACCUGCAAGUUCGGAUUCAGAAACUCCGUUGACCGGAAUCUUAGUCCCAGCUUAUCAUCGUUGCUAUCAUCGUUGACCAUUGGAAAGGAGCAGGCUUUGAAAGAGAGAAAAGGCUGGUCGAUAACGAUCCAUGAUCUCUCUGGAUCACCAGUAGCUAUGGCUUCAAUGGUUACACCAUUCGUACCAUCUCCCGGCUCGAACCGCGUAACUCGGUCUAGUCCCGGCGCGUGGCUGAUCCUCCGACCUGAUGGCUACACAAUGAAGCCAUGGGGUCGUCUCGAGGCAUGGCGUGAGCCAGGAAUCUCUGACGUUCUCGGUUACCGAUUCGAGUUUUCCCAAGAUGGAACCGCCGCUACUGCAAUCCCCGCGUCGUCGUCGAUCAGUUCGAAGCUCGGCGGGAGUUUUGUCAUGGACGGAACCAUCGCCACGGCCGCCACCAUCACGGCUGCUUCUUUGACUCUCUCGGACGGAAGUUUUGACCUUUCGUCCGGGUUGAGUACAGGGUCAUCAAGAACCUGUUCAGGAUCCGGUUCGGAUUUCGGGUUUCCUCUGCCUCAAGCGCAACAGAGCUUGGGGUUUGUCAUGUCGACGACGGUGGAUGGAGUGGAGAAACAGAGCAAGCCUAAGGUGGAGGUAGGUGUGAAGCACGUGACCUGCUUGGAGGAUGCGGCGGCGCACGUGGCACUAGCAGCGGCGAUAGAUUUAAGCUUGGAUGCUUGUAAGCUUUUCUCUCAAAAGCUAAGGAAAGAACUGAGACAGGCAAAUUGUAUUGGUGUCGUUUGACGUUCAUUGCUUUGUCGUUUUUGACAUAGGAGAUUAGUUGUCCUCUCCUCCUCUUCCACGAUCUAAAUUUUUGUAUCUAGUGGAAAAAAUGGAGAAAGUAUUUUUUGAAUUCUUUGUUAAAGGUUAUAGACUUUAGAGUUUUGAAUAACAGCGAAUCAUUUGCUGUCUAA